AUGGCGGUAGAUGAUGAUAGGACGCCUCUUCUGGCGUCCGAUAAAAAGCAUUUAGGAGUUGUAUCAUCCAUGUUUCUGAUGGUGAACUACAUCAUAGGCACCGGUAUCUUCAGCAUUCCAUCGGCAGUGUAUCUGGCGGUGGGCAGCGUCGGCUGGAGUCUAGUGUUCUGGGUAUUGGGUGGAUUUGUGGCAUACUGUGGAUUCAAUGUUUACUUUGAGUGGGGAUUGGAGAUGCCACGAAGUGGAGGUGAGAAGAACUACCUGGCCAGGCUCUUUCCGCAGCCGAAACACCUUUCUUUGGCGGUUUUCGCAAUGUCGUCGUUUUUCCUGGGAAGUUCGGCUUCCAACUCGUUUUCUUUCGGUACCUAUAUUCAAUUGGCUCUUGGUUCUGACUUUCCAGAUACUAGCCGGUCGAAAUGGAUUGGAUGUGGAUUGAUCUUUUGUGUUGGUGCUUUGUUCACAGUUGCACCUAGAGUCGGCAAGUUUGCGUUCAAUAUUCUGGGUGUAAUCAAAAUAUUAAUGCUGGUUUUUGUCGCAGGACUCGGUGUUUUGGUUUAUUUUGACCUGUUGGAAGUCGCAGGUGGUAAGCCCGAUAAUUUCAAAGACGCUUUUAGGAGUGACGGGUUCGGAGGGGGUGCUUAUAACUUGGCAAUUGCUUUUCUUCGCGUGUCAUAUUCUUAUCGAGGAUGGGAAAGCCCGAAUCAUGUGAUGGGCGAGGUCUAUAGGCCUGAGAGAACGUUGGCGAUUGCUGGUCCAUUGGCUUUAGCUUGUAGCACAUUCCUCUACUUUUUGAGCAAUGUGGCAUACUUCCUAGUAGUGCCAAAGGAGGAUAUACUCACAUCCGGUAAUGCGAUAGCUGGUAUUUUUUUCCAGCGGCUCUUUGGGCCUUUCGCAUCAGCUCGCAUCUUGUCUUUCUUUAUUUGUUUGUCAAACUUGGGAAACAUUCUUGCAGUGUGCUAUUCUUCUUCACGAGUCAUCUUAGAGCUUGGCAGGUUAUACAUUCUACCGGUGUCGAGCUUUUUUUCGACCCUAAUGCCAUUUGGUACCCCGUCAGGUGCUUUAGCCCUUCAUGUGGUUGUAACCAUUUGUACUCUCAUCCUACCGCCGAGUGACGAGGUAUACAACUUGGUAAUUGAUAUGACAAGCUAUCCAGCAUCAAUUUUUGCGUUGAUAGUAACCGCUGGUCUCCUAUACUUGCAGCUGAAUGCUUCAAGGCUAGGGUGGAGACAGACUUCGAUUCGUCAUGAAGCCCCUAUUCCGUUGACUAUGGUAUUUUUACUUGUCAAUUUGGCCAUGGUAGUGUUUGCAUGGGUUCCUCCCUUGGACGACCAGAAAACGAAGCUGCCCUAUUACACAAGCCCGCUAUGUGCCCUUCUGGUCCUGUUCAGUGGUUAUUUCUACUGGUUGUGGUGGCGUAACUCAGAGGGGGCAAAGAAGCUUGAUCAACUGAUUGACGAGUAUGGCUAUGCUCGCGAGGAGGCAGUUCUAAACAUUGCAUAG